AUGGGUCCAAGAUCAUCAAAACGUAACUCAAUUAAUAUUGAACCGUUGAGUGCAGAUAUGAUUAGAGAACUUUGUCAAGAUACUGGAUUUACAAAAGAAGAAUUACUCAUUUGGCAUACAAAUUUCUACAAAGAUUGUCCAGAUGGUAAACUAACAUUAAAACAAUUCGAACAAGAAUAUGCGAAAAUAAUGGGCAAGCCUACACAAAAAACAGCUGAUUAUAUCAAACAUAUGUUUAAUGUUUAUGACCAAGAUAAAAACCAAUUUAUCGAUUUUAGAGAGUUUGUUAUGGCUUUAUCAGCUGCAUCAGUUUUUAAUCGUUUACGUCUUAUUGAAACAUUAUUUCAUGUAUUCGAUUUAGAUAAUGAUGGAAAAAUUACUAGAGAUGAAAUUGGUAAAAUGUUACAGACACUUACUGAUGUAACAAAUUCCAAUAAUAAAAAUAGUCAAGAUAAUCGUCAUCAAAAUAAAAAUCAAUCAGGACAUGCUAAAGAAACAAAUUUACAGAAACGUAUCGAUGAUGCAUUCAAUGAAUUAAAUGGAAAUGAUGAUGAUCAUAUAACAAAAGAUGAAUUUAUUGAUUGGUAUAUGAAAUCAGGUCUUAUAUCGGAUGUACAACCAGAUGAAUCGACUAUUCAAGAUUCAGGAAAAUUCAAUCAAUUUGGAAAAAAAUCUCGAAAAAUAACGAAACAAACAACACAUAGAAAAUUAAGCAAUGUACCGGAAGAAACUAAUAGUCGUAAAGCACCACUUAAUGUUUAUAUUUCAAAAAUGAUUGAACGAAAAAAAUCAUCAGGAUAUAGUGAUGAUGAAUAUGAUGAUGAUAUUACUCCUCCUCGUGUUAAAUUUAAUAAUAACCCAACAACUGUAACAACAAAAGGUUAUUAUCGUAAUGAAUCUACGAAUGGUGAACGUGUAUUAAAAAAACCUUCUUUACGUUUAACAACCGCCAGUUCCAAUGAUAUUGAUUCAGAACAACCGAAAGAAAAUGAACGAUGGCAACAUUUAUAUAAUUCAAUUCUCGGACAAAUUCGUGCACAAAAUACAGAUAUGAAUAAACAAAUAACUAGUGAUGAACGAACAACUACUACUACCACUACUACUACAAAUAGUUAUAAUUCACGGAAAAAUGAAGCUGAAGAAAGUAUUAGAUUAGAACAUAUGAAUCCAACAUCUAAUAAUAAACCAAAUCGUUCGAAUAUAUCGACUGCACCUAAAGUCGUACGUUCAACAAAUAUCGUAUUAGAUGAUCGUCCAUCAUCUCCUGAUGUUAUUACUGUUCGAUUGUAA